CGAGAGUACCAUUUUAAUUGCUAUCAAACAAUUUCGAGUGCUUUGCUAAAAAAGUGUUAUUUUUUCGACAUAAGCUCAUAAAAUGCGUGUAGUAGGUUUGAUUUUACUGCUUCUAUUUUUUGAAAAUGCAAGUCCAAGUGUACUUGAUUACUUAGACUGUGGUUAUACAAUGGGAAUAGAAGAAGUCACAUUUGGUUAUUGCACAUAUUCACCAUGCACGGUUAAUAUAAACAAACCACAAGAAAUAUUUGUUAAGCUGUCCAGCCCUGAAUCAGUUCCUCCGUUUCAAACCAUACGCACCACGGCAAAUCUACUGCAAAUGAACAUCCCCUGGGAAUUGAAAAUAACCCCGGAAAAUCCAUGCACCAGUUGGAAUUGUCCUCUUAGUAAACCAAUUACGGAUCAAUCACUAAGCGCAACCGUUGAUUUCAGCAACAUAGCGUUGUUGAGGCCAGGAAGACUGCUAAUUAGAGGGUAUGUCAGUGAACCUGUAGCCCUUAGAGAUCCACUUUUUUGUGUUGAAAUUGCGGUGAGCCUCACUAGACAAUGAUCUUCUUUAUGAAUCUUUUUUGUUGUUAUGCAAUAUGAUUAUGUUUAGG